AUAUAUAGUAGUACUUAUUCAUGGAAACCUUAAUUAGCCCGUAUCAAUUGUCAUAUAUGCAUACUAACAUGGAGAUCACAAACCUAUCUUCUCUACUCUCCUUCUUCAUUUUAGCAUUGGCUUUCAUACCCAGCGCCCUACCCACCAACAUCACCACUGAUCAAUCCUCUCUUCUUUCUUUGAAAUCCUACACCACCUUAAGUCCCAACCAUACAUUGGCAAAUAACUGGUCAAUCACUGCUUCUAUUUGCAACUGGAUUGGAGUUGUUUGCGGAUCCAAACACCACAGAGUGGUCGCAUUAGACAUAUCAAGUAUGGGUAUUCUGGGUACCCUUCCUUCACAAAUAGGCAACCUCUCAUUUCUUGUUUCUCUUAACAUAAGUCACAACAAUUUCUAUGGAAAUUUGCCUAGAGAGUUAGCCAGUCUACGCCGACUACAAUACUUAGAUUUUGGUUAUAAUAAUUUUAGUGGGAAAAUUCCUGAGGAGAUUGGCAAUCUUGAGAAUACAAAAUGGCUGAUAUUGGAAGUUAACCAACUUGAUGGUCCUAUCCCCUUCACCAUCUUCAACAUUUCCACAUUACAAAAUUUGGUCCUCAACAAUAAUAGCUUAUCUAGCUCUCUUCCGAUGAAGCUCUGUCAACAUGCUACAAGACUCAAAAUGCUUCGCCUGUCUUACAACAAGUUGAGUGGUUAUAUUCCAAAGAAUUUAUCAAGUUGCUCAGAACUUGAAAAAUUACAGUUGCGUUACAACAAUUUUGUUGGGACAAUUCCAAAGGAGAUUGGGAGCUUAAAUAUGCUUCAGGUUUUAAGACUCGGCAGUAACAAGUUAGAAGGAAUAAUACCUGAAACAAUAUUUAACAUUUCUACACUAACUUUUAUAAGCAUGGGAAACAACAAUCUGUCUGGUAUUCUCCCACCAAACAUGUGUUCACAUUUUCAAAAUCUUGAAGAACUUCACUUGUAUAGGAACAAGCUACGUGGAAACAUUCCAAGAAGCAUAGGUGAAUGUUCUUCACUUAAAUACCUCAUAAUGUGGGAGAAUCAACUAAAUGGGUCGUUGCCAAGACAGAUUGGAAAUUUGACAAUGCUAAAAGAUCUUGAACUUGCUGAGAAUUCAUUUUCAGGUGAAAUACCAAGAGAGAUUGGGAGCUUGAAUAUGCUUCAAAUUUUAAGGCUCGGUAGUAACAACUUUGAAGUCUGUUUGGUAUUCUUCCACCAAACAUGUGUUUACAUCUUCAAAACCUUGAAGAACUUUACUUGUAUAAGAACAAGCUAUAUGGAAACAUUCCAAGAAAUUGGAAAUUUGACAAUGCUAAAAGAUCUUGAACUUGCUGAGAAUUCAUUUUCAGGUGAAAUACCAAGAGAGAUUGGGAGCUUGAAUAUGCUUCAGAUUUUAAGACUUGGUCAUAAUAACUUGGAAGGAACAAUACCUGAAACAAUAUUUAACAUUUCUACACUAACAUAUAUAAGCAUGGAAAACAACAGUCUGUUUGGUAUUCUUCCACCAAACAUGUGUUUACAUCUUCAAAAGCUUGAAGAACUUUACUUGUAUAAGAACAAGCUAUAUGGCAACAUUCCAAGGAGCAUAGGUGAAUGCUCUUCGCUUAAAUACCUUUAUAUGUGGGGUAAUCAACUAAAUGGGUCGUUGCCAAGACAUAUUGGAAAUUUGACAAUGCUAAAGGAUCUUGAACUUGCUGAGAAUUCAUUGUCAGGUGAAAUACCAAGAGAGAUUGAGAGCUUGAAUAUGCUUCAGAUUUUAAGAGUUGAUAAUAACAACUUAGAAGGAACAAUACCAGAAACAAUAUUUAACAUUUCUACACUAACUUAUUUAGACAUGGCAAACAACCAUCUCUUUGGUAUUCUUCCACCAAACAUGUGUUCACAUCUUCAAAAGCUUGAAAAACUUUACUUGUAUGCGAACAAGCUAUAUGGCAACAUUCCAAGGAGCAUAGCUGAAUGCUCAAUGCUACAAGCUCUUCAACUUACUAAGAAUUCCUUGUCAGGUGAAAUACCAAGAGAGAUUGGGAACUUGAAUAUGCUUCAAAUUUUAAGACUCGAUAAUAACAAUUUGGAAGGAACAAUACCAGAAACAAUAUUUAACAUUUCUACACUAACUUAUAUAAACAUGGCAAACAACAGUCUAUUUGGUAUUCUCCCAUUGAACAUGUGUUCACGUUUGCAAAAGCUUGAAGAGCUUUACUUGUAUAAGAACAAGCUAUAUGGCAACAUUCCAAGGAGCAUAGGUGAAUGCUCAUCGCUUGAAUACCUUUAUAUGUGGGAUAAUCAAUUAAAUGGAUCGUUGCCAAGAGAGAUUGGAAAUUUGACAAUGCUAAACAAUCUUCAACUUACUGAGAAUUCAUUGUCAGGUGAAAUACCAAGAGAGAUUGAGAGCUUGAAUAUGCUUCAGAUUUUAAGAGUUGAUAAUAACAACUUAGAAGGAACAAUACCAGAAACAAUAUUUAACAUUUCUACACUAACUUAUUUAGACAUGGCAAACAACCAUCUCUUUGGUAUUCUUCCACCAAACAUGUGUUCACAUCUUCAAAAGCUUGAAAAACUUUACUUGUAUGCGAACAAGCUAUAUGGCAACAUUCCAAGGAGCAUAGCUGAAUGCUCAAUGCUACAAGCUCUUCAACUUACUAAGAAUUCCUUGUCAGGUGAAAUACCAAGAGAGAUUGGGAGCUUGAAUAUGCUUCAGGUUUUAAUACUCGAUAAGAACAACUUGGAAGGUGAAAUACCAAGAGAGAUUGGGAGCUUGAAUAUGCUUCAAAUUUUAGAACUUGGUAAUAAUAACUUGGAAGGAAUAAUUCCAGAAACAAUAUUUAACAUUUCUACUCUAACUGUUAUGCACAUGGCAAACAACAGUUUAUUUGGCAUUCUCCCACCAAACAUGUGUUCACGUUUUCAAAAGCUUGAAGAGCUUUACUUGUAUAUGAACAAGCUAUAUGGAAACAUUCCUGAGAGCAUAGGUGAAAUACCAAGAGAGAUUGGGAGCUUGAAUAUGCUUCAGAUUUUAGAACUUGGUAAUAAUAACUUGGAAGGAAUAAUUCCAGAAACAAUAUUUAACAUUUCUACUCUAACUGUUAUGCACAUGGCAAACAACAGUUUAUUUGGUAUUCUCCCACCAAACAUGUGUUCACGUUUUCAAAAGCUUGAAGAGCUUUACUUGUAUAUGAACAAGCUAUAUGGAAACAUUCCUGAGAGCAUAGGUGAAUGCUCUUCACUUGAAUACCUUCAUAUGUGGGAUAAUCAAAUAAAUGGAUCAUUGCCUAGACAGAUUGGAAAUUUGACAAUUCUAAAGGGUCUUGAUCUUUUUGGGAAUUCCUUAUCUGGUGAAAUACCAAGAGAGAUUGGGAGCUUGAAUAUGCUUCAGAUUUUAGAACUUGGUAAUAAUAACUUGGAAGGAAUAAUUCCAGAAACAAUAUUUAACAUUUCUACUCUAACUGUUAUGCACAUGGCAAACAACAGUUUAUUUGGCAUUCUCCCACCAAACAUGUGUUCACGUUUUCAAAAGCUUGAAAAGCUUUACUUGUAUAUGAACAAGCUAUAUGGAAACAUUCCUGAGAGCAUAGGUGAAUGCUCUUCACUUGAAUACCUUCAUAUGUGGGAUAAUCAAAUAAAUGGAUCAUUGCCUAGACAGAUUGGAAAUUUGACAAUUCUAAAGGGUCUUGAUCUUUUUGGGAAUUCCUUAUCAGGUGAAAUACCAAGAGAGAUUGGGAGCUUGAAUAUGCUUCAGAUUUUAGAACUUGGUAAUAAUAACUUGGAAGGAAUAAUUCCAGAAACAAUAUUUAACAUUUCUACUCUAACUGUUAUGCACAUGGCAAACAACAGUUUAUUUGGCAUUCUCCCACCAAACAUGUGUUCACGUUUUCAAAAGCUUGAAGAGCUUUACUUGUAUAUGAACAAGCUAUAUGGAAACCUUCCAAGGAGCAUAGGUGAAAUACCAAGAGAGAUUGGGAGCUUGAAUAUGCUUCAGAUUUUAAGUCUUGGCAGUAACAAGUUAGAAGGUGAAAUACCUAGAGAGAUUGGGAGCUUGAAUAUGCUUCAGAUUUUAAGACUCGAUAAUAACAACUUGAAAGGAACAAUACCAGAAACAAUAUUUAACAUUUCUACACUAACUUAUAUAAGCAUGGCAAACAACAGUCUAUUUGGUAUUCUCCCAUUGAACAUGUGUUCACGUUUUCACAAGCUUGAAGAGCUUUACUUGUAUAAGAACAAGCUAUAUGGCAACAUUCCAAGGAGCAUAGGUGAAUGCUCAUCACUUGAAUACCUUUAUAUGUGGGAUAAUCAAUUAAAUGGGUUGUUGCCAAGAGAGAUUGGAAAUUUGACAAUGCUAAACGAUCUUGAACUUACUAAGAAUUCAUUGUCAGGUGAAAUACCAAGAGAGAUUGGGAACUUGAAUAUGCUUCAGAUUUUAAGACUUGAGAAAAACAAGUUAGAAGGAAUAAUACCUGAAACAAUAUUUAACAUUUCUACACUAACUUCUAUAAACAUGGGAAACAACAAUCUGUCUGGUACUCUCCCAACAAACAUGUGUUCACAUUUUCAAAAUCUUGAAGAACUUUACUUGUAUAUGAACAAGCUACGAGGAAACAUUCCAAGAAGCAUAGGUGAAUGCUCUUCACUUAAAUACCUCAUAAUGUGGGAGAAUUCCUUGUCAGGUGAAAUACCAAGAGAGUUGGCAAACCUUGAUAAACUAGAGAAGCUUGAGUUGCAGAAUAAUGGAUUAAGUGGUUCUAUUCCGUGGGGAAUCUUCAAUAUUUCAACUCUUGAAGUACUGGAACUGUCAUUUAAUGAGUUUUCAGGUACUCUUCCAACAUCUUUAGGUUAUUGGCUUCCCAAUUUAAAAGAAUUGUAUCUUUGCGAUACCAAUAUUGGAGGAGUUAUACCUCCCCAAAUCUCAAAUGCUUCCAACCUUGCUGUUAUUGAACUUGGCGAGAACCAAUUCACAGGCUUCAUUCCGAACUCCCUUGGAAACUUAGCACAACUCAAAUAUCUACGUCUGACUAAGAACAAUCUAACAACUGAUCCUCAAUUUAGCCUUAUGACUUCAUUGGCAAACUGUAGAUACAUCCAAAUCUUAUCAUUGUCGUUUAACCCUUUAAACGCCAUGCUCCCAAAUGCAAUCGGCAACCUCUCCACCACUCUCCAAAUUUUCUAUGUUGCAUAUUGUAACAUCAGGGGACGAGUUCCACAGGAGAUUGGCAAUCUAAGCAGCUUAUACGAGUUGAGUUUAUGGUCCAAUGACAUUAUUGCAUUUUUGCCUGCAACCAUUCAGGCUCUUCAGGGUCUUCAGGAGUUAGACAUAUCAGAUAACAGAUUUAUAGGAUCAUUUCCAGAUGUGGUCUGUAAACUACAGAAUAUGUUCCGGAUAGACUUAGGAAAAAAUAAAUUUUCUGGUCCAAUCUCAGAUUGUUUAGGGAACGUUUCUUCCCUGAGAGAGAUCUAUCUGUAUGAAAACGAUUUCACUGUCUUUCCUCCUACCCUUUGGAGCCUUGAAAACAUUUUGAGGGUCGAUUUGAAUUCGAAUAACUUGAGCGGUUCUCUACCUCAAGAAAUCGGAAAUGCAAGGACGGCAAUACUUAUUGAUCUCUCAUAUAACAAAUUAUCUGGAGAAAUUCCAAGUAGUAUUGGAGGUUUAACAGAGUUGAUAAAUUUUUCUGUGUCUCAUAACAAAAUCCAGGGUUCUAUUCCUGACACAUUUGGCAAACUCUUGGAUCUACAAUUGUUGGAUCUUUCUGAUAAUAAAAUCUCCGGAAUGAUUCCCAAGCCAUUAGAGCGACUUGUAAGCAUGAAAUAUUUCAAUGUUUCGUACAACAGAUUAACUGGAGAAAUUCCAAGUGGAGGUCCUUUUGCCAACUUCACUUAUGAAUCAUUCUUGUCAAAUGUUGGUCUAUGUGGGACUCCUCGGAUGCAUGUCCCACCUUGCCCCUCUAAUACUCCUCGGAUGCAUCAAUCAAAGAACAACACAGUGGUUCUCAUUGUUCUUGUCUCGUUGGCGGUUCUUAUAGUGCUAAUUGCCUCUGUUUCUGUGCUAUGCAUUUUCAAGAAGCACAGCAGGGAGGAGGUUCCAGAAGAACCAAACUUUCUGUCAGCAACAACACCAGCAAGAUAUUCCUACUAUGAACUCCAACGGGCAACAAAUGGAUUCGAUGAAAGCAACUUGCUAGGUAGUGGAAGCUUCGGAUCAGUUUAUAAAGGGAUUUUAAAAAAUGGGAUGCACGUUGCUGUCAAGGUUUUUCGUUUGAUACAUGACGGUGGAAAUAGGAGUUUUGAUAGUGAGUGUAAAGUUUUGCGCAAUAUUCGUCACAAAAAUCUCACAAAAGUCUUUGGCAGUUGCUCCAACUUGGAUUUUAAAGCAUUGGUGCUAGACUACAUGCCUAAUGGGAGUCUGCACAAGUGGUUAUAUUCUCACAAUUAUUUUUUAGAUAUGAUACAAAGAGUGCGUAUAAUGAUUGAUGUGGCAUCGGCGUUGGAAUAUCUUCACAAUGGUUACUACAUGCCCGUUAUCCAUUGCGAUUUGAAACCCAGCAAUGUCUUAAUAGAUGCUGAUAUGAUGGGACAUCUGAGUGACUUUGGUGUUGCAAAGCUCUUAGAAAGAGGGAAUUCAACACCUUAGCAACAUUUGGUUAUAUUGCUCCAGAGUAUGGACAAGAAGGUCUUGUGUCCAACCGUAGUGAUAUGUACAGUUAUGGCAUCAUGUUGCUUGAAGUUUUCACAAGGAUUCAGCCUGCA